CAUUUGACAUUUGAAAUGUCUUGACAACAUGCUAUAUAAACGUAAGCUAGUCAAAUUUUGCUCAGUAUUUUGUGUAACAGUUGUUGUGUGAAUUCAGAUUGUACAUUAACUUACGUGGCGCCAAAAUGUGUGGAAUUUUUGCCUAUUUGAAUUUUCUCACCCCAAAAAAGAGAGGUGAAAUCUUAAAGACACUGGUUAAUGGACUAAAGCGACUGGAAUAUAGAGGAUAUGAUUCUGCCGGUGUGGCAAUCGACUCUGCCUGUUCCAAAGACAUGGCUCUUAUUAAGAAAACCGGAAAAGUUGCAUUGUUGGAAGAAGAAAUUGAAAACAGGUCAAAGGAACUGGAUAUGGACAGAAUCGAGGACAUCCACUGUGGUAUUGCUCACACGCGUUGGGCAACGCAUGGUGUUCCAAGUGAAGUGAAUUCCCACCCUCAACGCUCCGAUUAUGCUCACAGUUUUGUUGUUGUACAUAACGGUAUCAUAACCAACUACAAGGAAGUGAAAGUAUUCCUUCAAAAUAAGGGUUACAAAUUCGAGAGCGACACGGAUACUGAAAUUAUUGCUAAGCUUAUUCAUCAUUUUUAUGAACAACACCCCAAUUACUCGUUUAGAGAACUUGUUGAAAACGUUGUUCAGCAAUUGGAGGGUGCUUUUGCCUUAUGUUUCAAAUCGAAACAUUUUCCUGGUGAAUGUGUAGCUACCCGGCGUGGCUCACCAUUGCUAGUGGGUAUUAAAACCAAAACGAGAUUAGCCACAGAUCACAUUCCGAUUUUAUAUGGAAAGGAUGAUGAUCCCCAAACACCUACAGAUGCUGAUACCAAUUCAGAACACAGACCACAUGGACGUGCCGAUUAUCCUGUUCUCCCGAGAUCAGAAUCCACUUCAGAAUUUGAACCAUUGGAAGACAAACAAGUUGAAUAUUUCUUUGCUUCCGACGCAUCGGCGAUCAUUGAACAUACCAACAGGGUGAUCUAUUUUGAAGACGACGAUGUGGCUGCUAUUAAAAAUGGUGCUCUUAGUAUCCACAGACUCAGACGCCUGUAUGAUGACCCCCACUCUCGCGAAAUUCAUACUCUUAAAAUGGAGUUGCAGCAAAUCAUGAAAGGAAACUAUGAUUAUUUCAUGCAAAAGGAAAUUUUUGAACAACCCGAGUCAGUUAUCAACACCAUGAGAGGACGCGUUAAUUUCGAAACAAAAACUGUUACUUUGGGUGGCAUCAAAGACUACAUUCCAGAAAUUAAACGUUGCAGAAGGUUAAUGUUGAUUGGAUGUGGUACAAGUUACCAUAGUGCCAUCGCCACUCGGCAGCUUCUUGAAGAAUUAACAGAGUUGCCUGUUAUGGUAGAACUGGCCAGCGACUUUUUGGACCGUACAACACCCGUCUUCAGAGAUGAUGUUUGCUUCUUCAUUUCUCAAUCAGGCGAGACUGCUGAUACUUUAAUGGCACUCCGAUAUUGCAAACAAAGAGGAGCCCUAAUCAUUGGUAUUACCAACACUGUCGGAAGUUCGAUUUGCCGAGAAUCCCAUUGUGGUGUCCAUAUUAAUGCAGGACCUGAAAUUGGUGUAGCAUCAACAAAGGCUUACACCAGUCAAUUUAUAUCUCUGGUCAUGUUUGCAUUGGUUAUGAGUGAAGAUAGGCUGUCUUUAGCUGGCAGAAGAGAAGAGAUUAUCGAAGGUCUUAAAAAUUUACAACAACAAAUCCGUGCAGUAUUGCAGCUAGACGAUAAGGUCAAAGAACUUGCUCAAGACCUUUACAACAAGAAGUCUCUGCUUAUAAUGGGUAGGGGCUUUAAUUUCGCUACCUGUUUGGAAGGAGCUUUGAAAGUAAAAGAGUUAACUUAUAUGCAUAGCGAGGGUAUUAUGGCUGGUGAGCUGAAACACGGCCCUCUUGCACUAGUGGAUGAAGACAUGCCUGUUAUGAUGAUUAUUAUGCGCGAUCCUGUGUACACCAAAUGCGUGAAUGCUCUUCAACAAGUAACUGCGCGACAAGGAAGACCGGUCAUUAUAUGCGAGGAAAAUGACGAUGAAACGAAAGCAUAUGGCCACAGAUGUUUGGAAAUUCCACGAACUGUAGAUUGUUUGCAGGGUAUUUUAACUGUCAUUCCCAUGCAACUUCUUAGUUUCCAUAUAGCCGUAUUGAGAGGAUGCAAUGUCGAUUGUCCAAGAAAUCUGGCUAAGAGUGUGACUGUUGAAUAAUUAAACUGUUGUGAUAAAUUAGACUUUAGGUUUUCGCCCGCAAAUAUGCAUUUACAUGUUUAAUUUUAAGUCGGUAAAAGGUAUUGCAUUAGCGACUAUCAUCAUAUCAUCUUUUCGUCCUGUUUUAUUAUUUGUUAAAAUAAUUCAUUUUGCUAAAACGAAAUUCGAUUCUUAGUAAUAAUUAAGUAUAUUAUACAUAUAUAACGUGUAUGUUAGGAUAACGGUUUAUAUACACUAUAGAGUACUGCCUUUUCACACACAAACUUAUAGUUCAUAUUUUAGAUAUUUAUAAACUUUAAGUUUUUGUACUUUUAUCAAGUCUGUUAAUUCUGAGAUUACACUUAUUAUUUUACGAUUUAUUUGAGACAGCUCGUACUUUAUUAUUAAUAGUUUUAUCAAAUAUAUAUUAUAUAUUGUAUGUUACAGUGAAUGCUGGAAACCAAUGAAUGCCAACAAUCACUGGGAAUGCUAGCAUUUUCUGAGAACUUUUGACUAAUGAAUUCACUGCAUUUCCAACUUUCACUGUAACAUAUACACGCGUUAAAAUUUUAUUUUUAAUUCGUUUGUAUCAUUUUAAAAGACGAUUAUUUACAAUUAAUAAAUUUUUAUAAUAAGAAAAGUGUGAUUUAAAACCUGUUUUAUAAAAUUCAAAUGAAGUGUAAAUGAUUAAAAUCUGUAACAUUCGAAAAUGUGAGAGUCGGUCGUGUACAGAAUGAGAGAUAAACGGACUAUGUUGGGAAAACUACAGGCUGAAGAAUAUUCGAGGAUGCAGCGACAGUAAUAGUAAUGAAUUAAUGGCCAUAAUAAUAAUAACUUUUAUGUAAUAUAAGACAUACAUUUAUUUACAUAAUACAAAAAAUAAACUAUACAUAUUGAAAAA